UGAGGUGGCAUUCAUCCGGUUCCUGCUUCUAGCAGCACAGCAAGAGACAGAGCAAAAGCUUGUUGUUUAAUUUAGCACUAUAGCCUAGCCAACUGUUGUGCAGAAUGAGAUAUGCUUGCAUCAUAGCCUAUAGCCUACCCUGCGUUUAUUCAGACUUCAAUAAGCGGCAAGUAGCCUAAAGCCCAGGGCUGAGAGGAAACAGGCUAUCGAGUGGCAGGACUACGCUGGAAUAAACGCAGCAGUCUCACCCACCCAUGCUUUCUCCCGAAUAGACUACUUAUCCAUCUGUUUUACACUGUCCCCACUACUGUUUUGACGUAAUUUUUUCUGCAAGGGCAAGAUCCGAAACAUGGAACUUAUUUGCUUCGAGGACAAAGUCGUGCUAGCCAAAAGUGACCCCAAUAUUCUUGAUGACGACAGAGUAUUGCAAAAUCUGCUAACCAUUGAAGACAGGUUUUUACCGCAAUGUUCGUAUUUUAAAUGUGUCCAGAAGGACAUUCAGCCACACAUGAGGCGAAUGGUUGCAGGAUGGAUGCACGAGGUUUGUGAAGAGGAGAAGAGUGAGGAAGAUGUUUUCCCCUUGGCUAUUAAUUAUUUGGACAGGUUUUUAGCGGUGGCGCCCACUAGAAAGUGUUAUUUGCAACUUCUAGGAGCUGUAUGCAUGUUCCUUGCAACAAAGUUAAAGGAGAGUCGUCCAUUAACUGCAGAAAAGCUGUGCAUGUACACAGACAACUCCAUCACACCAAGGGAGCUGCUGGAGUGGGAGUUGGUGGUCCUAGGGAAGUUGAAGUGGAACAUGGCGGCAGUCAUCCCAAACGACUUUGUGGAUCACAUCCUACACAGACUGCCCCUGCCCAAAGAGAAGCUCUCUGUGAUCCGCAAGCACACACAGACAUUCAUCGCCUUGUGUGCCACAGAUUUCAGCUUCGCCAUGAACCCCCCCUCCAUGAUCGCUACGGGAAGCGUGGGGGCGGCCAUCUGCGGCCUGCAGCUGGACCAAUCAGACCAGGCCCUGAGUCGAGACCGUCUGACUGACCUGCUGGCCAAGAUCACCAACACAGAGGUGGACUGUCUGAAGGCGUGUCAGGAGCAGAUAGAGAGGGUGUUGGCCAGUAGCCUGCAGCAGGAGCAACAGCAGCAGAGGCAGGAGGCCCUAGGCAGGUCGGGCAGUAAGGCCAUGGAGCAGCAAGACCAGUCCAGAACCCCAACAGACGUAUCCAGCACCCCAACAGACGUACGCGACGUCAACCUAUGAGCUUCCCAUCACCAUCUACAAGAGUGACGCCCACCAGCGAGCUCCCACCAAUCGCGUCACUCUGUCAAUCUAUGGGAUCCAACAACAUGCGCAAUGUCAAACAAUGAGCUGCCAGCACAUACCCCAAGUCAACCAGAGAACUCCCACCACUAAAUGCCACACCAACCUACGAGUUCCCACCCUUGUUUGUUAAGUCAACCUGUGAGGUCCCACAAAGUUUGGGAUGGCAAUUUAUGAGUUGUCAACAGCAUCAUGCUGGAAUGAUCAACUGAUAAAAACUUUUACAAACAAUAUAGAGAAUAGGUCAAAAAAAUUCAAUGGGCGGCUCCCAUCUAUAUUUAGCUGGUCACAUAUUGACAUAUGUGCCAUAUUAAAUUAAACAAGCUCUUUUAGACACAAAAUGUAUUUGAAAACUUUGAAAGAGCCUUAGGUUUGCAGAAAGGAAACCUGAAUAGAUUUGCAUACUUGAAUUAUGAAAUAUAGAAAUAUUAGUUUUUUACUUGAUAAAAAAUACCAAAUAUAGUUUUUCACUUGGAAAAAAGCUAGCAAAAACAUUUAGUUAUUAUUCAUAUUAUUGUAUUAUAAUUAUUGUUAUUCUAAAUAUUGUUAUCAUUAUUUCAAUAUAAUUUAGUUGUAUGAUUAUUUUUUAUAAUAAUUGUUAAUCAUUAUUAAGCAUUUAUCAAUUUCACAAUGAGUGGGUGUUUCCCUCAGUUUCAAAUACAGGAAGCCCCUGUAGUACUGUGUGCAUUACAUUAAGUACUGGUUUGGUUCUGCACAGUGUUCAUACACCUUUAUUUAGGAGAAGCUAAUGUACAGGACGAGGAGAGCUGCAUCUCCUGCCUGCUAAACUGUGCAUCUGUAGCACUGCUUCCUAUUUAUGCUCUUAUAUGCUGGCCAGGAGAGGGCUGGGCCCACUCACACAGAACACAGAGAGAGAGAGUGAGUGAGGGGGUAGAGAGACGCACGUGUGGAGUCCUGAGGGUGUGUAUAUACUGCCCCCUAAGGGUGAGAGUGAGGACAGAACAACUAUCAGCUGUCACGGUCUUGAUUUCAUUGCCAAGUUAACACCAAGCCAAUAUUUACUUUUCGAAUUGAACAAGGCUAUUUUGUUGUUAUAUGUUAUUGAAUUGUCUGCUCUGAGAAACUCCUGCACGUUAUUAGAACAUUAUUGAGGAUCAUAUAUACCUUUUAUACCAGGGAGCCCUGUUUUAAGACUGCCAGUAAAGUUGGGGUGAAAGCAUGUUUUUGUUCUGGGUCAGACAAAGCCAAUACUAGAGAAAGGGAGACGGCAUGUUGGAGGGAUGGUCUUAGUCUGGAGAUGAGAAUGAAACUACAGUUGUUUGUUAGUGUCAGAUGGAUUGUUAAAAAAGUUUUGUGGAGUUGGAGUGUAUGGAACAUUUAGAGCAGUGAAAGUUUGGCAAAGGUGGAGUAGCCUAUUGGAGAGUGAGAGAAGAUGGCAAAAAAAGGGAGGUUUUAAGAGUGGAACUAGAGAUGGUACGAUUGGUGCCAUGAAAUGAAGGACUGCAGACAGUUGAAAUGAGGGGAAAAUGGAUGAAGACAUGGUAGGAAGCUCCCGAUCGGCACACCGGAACAAGCCUGUUCUUAAUUGGAAGGGCUGCAGACAGUUGUCAUUCUGAUAGGUCAAGAGUUGAUCAUGAGGGAGCAGUUUGGUGUGCUGGAACAUUUCCUGUAAGGGCCUGUUGUUGUUAAAUCCAACUAGAUAUUUAAGUCAUGGUCAAAGACUUGGAUCAACCUAAAUGCACUUUUAAAAACAUGUUCCUUAAAAGCUGAAGGGGAUGGUGAUCAAACGGGGUAGGUGGGUUUUCAAUGUUUUAUUUUUUUUAUCAUGAUUUUUUUUCUUUAAGUUAUUUGAUAUUCUCUGGGCUGGAUUCCCACUUCGGGUGAUGCACGAGGACUAGAAAGCAUUUCCUGACCAAUGAGUAGGAGUAGGGUUUACCAACGUGGAACCAAAUCAUUUGCAAUGCAAACCUAGGAAAGCUUUAAAAAUCACAUCUAGACUUGAUUCUUUGAUUACAUCCAUUUAACUUGAAUUUUGUUUUUGCCUUCUUCAUAUCCAAAUCAAUAUGAUGGUCCUACGAAAGGAUAACACAUCAUAAUGUUUUUUUUCUUCUGGUUCAUAAUUUUUUUGUAUUUUGUUUUGCUUCACAGUUCAGCUUGUUUUUCAGAAAAAAAAAUAACAUAUGGUCUUUAAACCUAUAGGCAGAAAACUUUGCUCUGUACUUUUGGCUUCCACGUACAACAAUGCAGAAAGUACUUAAAAACAUAUUUGCUUUUUCACAUUUAAACGCAAUCUGCUAUAAACUGAGAAAAGAUAUGGGUAAACAUUUAAAGUUGUGUUUAUGUGAAUUACUUAAAUGAAUUUCCAAGUGAUGAAAGCCAAAAUGGAUCUGUUUAUCUUUGAUAUCUUUUUCUUGCUGCUAUUAAGCUUUUUGUUUUUCAAUCUUAGAAUUGUGAUAUUCACUUGAGUGUGCUGCUAAAUGAUGAAUUUUAAAGUAUCUUAUUGUUUCCUUGCCUUUUCCUUGUUGUAUGUAAACUGGAGAGAGUGGUAAAGUGGGACAUGUCUUCAACUGGAAGUACCUUCUGCAGUUUUCUCCAAUAGCAUGUUUUACUCCAUUCUUUCCGUUUAUCUGUUUGUUUCCCUGCUGCGUUCUACCAUUGAAAUGUUGUUGUACCUCAGGUUCAGUGGACAAUACCUCACAACUCAGCAGUUUUUCAGGGAGUUAGUGGAAUCAAAUCUGACUCUGAUGCGUUUUGAUAGGUUAUCAAUGUUUUCUUUUCUGGAUGAGAGGCAGGAGAUUCACGUGGCACCUACUCUCUCUCUCGAGACAACAGAUAUUCCUUCUCAUCUGUCAGAUUACACUGAUCUGUCGUUUGCUAAGUAGAGGACCAUGUACCAGAUAUUUCAUAUCAUACCUGGUGCCAAAUAAAAGACGGCUAUUUGAAAUGUAUUUGGAAGACAAAAAAUAUAUAUAUUUGUAUCUUGUUUUUUCUACUUAUGAGUUACAACUUAAUUGCCACAUUUAGGAUCUGUGUAUUGGAUUAAGUGGAAUGCAUUUUGUGAGGUACCCAUUUAGUGAGUUUUUUUAAUGAUCAAAAAAUAAUGUUUAUGUGUACUCCUUCAGUGUGGAAAACUGUGGGUUUCUAGUUCGUUUUGACCCCCCACCACUGCCAACCACAUGUACCUCAGAAGUGUCUGAUCCACAGCUUCUGUUCAAUAAAUUUGACCCACAAAAAAGAGUGAAGUAUCUUUA